UACACACACACGCUCGCACUUAGCUUAGCUGCUGCGCUCCGCUUAUGUUUUGAGACGUCAUAGCGUUCGGCGAUCUUCGGUGGAGCUCGGCUGUGACGAAAGCGCCGAUUCAGUUCAGUGUUUGGCCCAUCGCCGAGACCGCAGCUAGCAGACGCGAUGCGUGUGAUUCUGCGGCACAGUUUCGGCACUGCUGUGCUGCUCUGCAUAAGGAGAUGCAGCCAGCAGGCGUACCGGCCCAGCUACUGGCACCAGCCGGGCGCGCAGCCGCUGCUGGCGCUGACCAUGGGCCGGCUGCUGGAGCAGGCGGCGCUCCGCUACGGCGACCGGGAGGCCGUCGUCUCCCACCAGCAGGGCGCCAGGCUCUCCUUCCGGCAGGUCCACCAGGAGGUGGACCGACUGGCAGCAGGUCUGAUGUCGGUGGGGCUGUCCCGCGGCGACCGGCUGGGCUUGUGGGGUGGCAACUGCCUCGAAUGGUACGUCACGGCACUGGCAGCUGCACGUGCUGGGCUUGCACUUGUCUGCCUCAACCCGGGCUAUGAGGCUGCUGAACUAGGGCACUGCCUCUCCAAGGUGGAGGUUCGUGGUCUGGUGGCCACAGCCAGUGGUUAUGACAGGCUGCAGAAACUUUUGCCAGAACUGGGAAGCAGUAAACCGGGGAAGCUGCGGAACAAAGAGAUACCCAGCCUCAGCACCGUCAUCCUCACAGGCACCAAACCUGCUGAGGGAACGUAUGGUUAUAAUCAAGUGAUGGAUCUUGCAACAAAUGAAAACUUGGAACGGGUCUUAAAUCUCCAGAAGGACAUUCAGCCUGAUGAAUGCUGUCAGAUCCAGUUUACAUCAGGCACAACUGGAAAGCCAAAGGCUGCUGUCCUGACCCACCACAACAUUGUGAACAACUCUUUCUGUGUCGGGAAACGUCUACAGUUCAAUGAGAAGCAACAUCGCAUCUGCCUACAAGUGCCUCUCUUCCACUGCUAUGGAUUCUGCAAUGGGCUCCUUGCUGCACUGCAUUAUGGGUCAACACUUGUUCUGCCUUCAUUGUCCUAUAGUGCAAGGGCAUCUUUGGAAGCCAUUGAAAAGGAGCGAUGUACAGCAGUAUAUGGCACGCCCACCAUGUAUGUGGACCUAGUGUCACUGAUUGAGUCUGGCGACGUGAGCCGUUACAGCUCGCUGCAGUUUGCACUCAACAGUGGUGCCCUCAUCACAGAGCAGUUGUUCCGGCAGGUGCAGGAGAAGCUCAGCCUCAAUAAAGUCUGUUCUGUGUAUGGACUGACAGAGACUAGUCCAGUGGUGUUCCAGUCGUUGCAAUCUGAGUCACGAGAUCACAUGCUCACCACUGUGGGACAUGUCUCUGAACACGUUGAGGUGAAAGUCAUUGACAAGGAAGGAAAGAUGGUGCCAAUAGGUGAACCAGGAGAAUUAUGCAUUCGUGGCUAUGUCACCAUUAGUGGCUAUUGGGCUGAUGAGGCCAAGACUCGAGAAUUGAUUGAUGAGAAUGGCUGGCUGAAGACAGGGGAUUUAUUUAUUCUGAAAGAGGAUGGCUACGGAAUGGUAGUUGGACGCUUGAAAGACAUGAUAAUCAGGGGUGGUGAGAAUAUUUCCCCUAAAGAAGUUCAGGAGCUGCUGGAGACUCAUCCAGAUAUACUGGAGGCACAAGUAUUUGGGAUUCCACAUGCAAGAUUAGGUGAACAGGUAUGCUCAUGCAUCCGAAUAAAAGAAGGAUCUGGGCUCACACCUGAGAAAGUCCAAGAAUUUGCAAAGGGAAAGAUUGCAGGUUUUAAAAUUCCAAAAAUAAUUGAAAUUGUUGCUGAAUUUCCACGAACAACAUCUGGAAAAAUCCAGACUUUUAAGCUAAGAGAUGCUUUCAUGAAGAAGUAUCCUGCUCAGUAACAAGCCAUAUUGAAUGCAGUACAGUGUUGUGGCAGUGAGAAUUUCAGAGUAUGAACAUUUGUAACAACUCAAGCAGUACCAUCCUGAUGAAGAAUUCAGUUUACCAAAGAUGAAGAAGUAUUAUUGAAUGAGGGUGUAUGGUUCCUAGUGAACUGAACUUGUAGAGCAAGAGUUUCCUCCAACUAGGAAGUUCAUAUCAUAGCAGGAUUAAACAACAUUUCCAGACAGUUCACAAGCAGAGCAGAGUAGGAAACUGUUUGUGAAACAGUUGAAGCCAAUGAGUUAACAGCAGAAUGAAUCUGAUUGCACAUAUUUCGUUCAGCAGUAUUAAAUGAUAUUGUGCAAUAUUACAAAAUGAUGCAGUUCAUAAAAGAGUACUAGUUUGUUCAUAAGAAGUUAAGAACUGCAACUUUAUAGAAAUUUGUUCAAAUAACAAGACAUUUCAAUUUCUGAAUUCCUGAACAAAUAUUUUUUAUACAAUUUUGAUGUAAAAUAUUUUUAACGUGAUAUUUGUAUUCAGCUUUCAGCAAAAUGCAUGAAAAUAGACUUCAGUUAGCAGGCUAACUAAAUAUGUAUUAUAUCUAUUCAUGCAAUCCGAAAUAAAUUUCUGUAAUUUAUGCAACAUUGAUUCAGAGACAAUUACUGAAAUUAGAUCAUAUUGGAACUACUGAUUUGUACAACGCUGGCAAAUAUGGGUAAUUUAAGAAAAAAAUUGUUUUUAUUGAAUGUUUCAUUUCUGUAUGUUUCAUUGGGCUUGAUUUUAUGGAUGUCAUCUACCAGACAAUACACCAAGCAAUGAUUCUGUACAAUCUUUCCUAUAAUCUGUAACUAGUUCCUCAGGAUUAUCAGUGAGAAAUAUUAAGACCACCUGAAAUUGGCUACUAAAUCAUUUAAUACAUAAUACGAGGGUUGUACCAAACGUAAGGUUCCCAAUGAGCUACAGCCUUGACGAAAGGAGCUAGGUUAAAUCUGACUACAGUGGCAUGUGCAGUGGUUCCCCCAGUCUCGAUCCCACCUGUCCGCGAUUCACUACAUCACUCAGUGUUGGCUUGGCAGUCAUCAGAGAUGGAAGUGUUUAUCACCUCUUGUGCUAAUUGCAAGGUUCAAGCAGUAAUCCGGUUUCUCGAUGCACGGAAGUACUGCACAUGGAGAUUCGUUGGCAAGUGACUGAGGUAUAUGGUGAAGAAUGCAUGUCCAUUCAGCACGUCCACAAAUGGUGCAGGCUUUUACUGAGGGUUGCAUGGAAGCUCAUGAUGAAGAAUGGAGUGGAAGACUGCCAGUUUUGGAUGUGAUUGUCCCAAAGAUCAACAGUGAGCUACUCAAAGAUUGGAGGGUCACUGUCCGUGAACUUGUUGAAUGCAUUCCUGAAGCUUCCUACGGGACAAUUGAAAGAACUUUAACAGAAAUGUUGCGUUACUGCAAAGUGUAUGCUCACUGGGUCCUCCAGAUGCUGAUUGAUGGACACAAGGAGCAAAGCCUUUACUGUGUUCGAAUGUUUCUUCAACAAUGUAAGAGGGGAGGAAACAAGGAGAAGUUGUUGGACUCUGUCAUCACAGGAGAAGAAAUGUGGGUGUUUCAUUAUACCCUCAAAACAAAACAACAAUCUCAUCAGUGGCGUCACUCUGGUUCACUGCCACCAAAGAAAUUCAAACAAAUGCAGUUGGCAGGAAAGAUUAUGGUGACUGUGUUUUGGGAUCUGAAGGGGUACUCCUCAUCAAUUUCAUGCAACCUGGCAUGACAAUAAACUCAGACAGAUAUUAUGAAACAUUGACCAAACUCCGGCAUAAAAUCCAGAACCACCAGAAAGGACAAUUGAAGGAGGGAGUAGUGUUUCUUCAUGACAGUGCUCAACCCCACAUCGCUUCUCAAACACAGGAGCUUCUGAAGAAAUUUGGAUGGACUGUUAUGCCCCAUCCCCUGUACAGCCCAGACUUAACCCCCAGUGAUUAUCUAUCACCUCUUUCCCAAGGUAAAGGAACCCUUAGGUGGAAAAUGCUUCAAGAGCGACGAUGAAGUCCAAGCAAACUUCACAUGCUUCCUCAACAAGUUGGCGGGAGACUUCUUCGACUUCAGAAUUCAAAAGCUAGAGCACCAUCUUCAAAAUUGUGUCAAAAAUAAUGGAGACUAUGUUGAAAAAUAGACAAAAGUGUAAGCUUUUCAGUGAUAUAUAAAUUAAUAGCAAUAAACAAUGUUUUCUAUUUGUAAAAAAUAUGGGAACCUUAUGGUACAACCCUCAUACAAAAAUCAUUGGUUUCCAUUGUGUUGAUGAUGGUGCUGAAUGGAGCUUUAAACCUCUAAAACGUUGGUCCAGGGCAAUAAAUAUGUAAAGUGCUUCAAACUAAUGAGCAAAACUAGUCAUAUAAAGUAAUUAAUAUACAACUUUGGGGGGGGGGGGGGGGGGGGCGGUUAAUCUGUAUUUGAAUUACAACAGUCAAUGAAACUCUAGAAUUUAUUUAAUUUAUGAAAAAAUGAAUGAGCUGUUACAUUUUAAACUUCAUGAUUUGAAAAAACUCAAAUUUUACAGUUAAUUAUCUCAAUGUUCACAAGAAUUUUAACAGACUUGGAAAAUUCUAGACUUUCAUACAUCUGUACAUAUGGUGUGUAUGCUAUGCAAAAGCCUUCAAAGAAUCUCUUGUACUUAUGAAGAAAAGUGUACCUAUAGCAACAAAUGUGACCAAUAGUAAGUGAAAAAAAUGAUGAAAUUUCA